UGCAGUUGCAAGAAUGGCAGUGCCUGAAAUUUUCGAUGUGGAAAAUGGGUUGUCAAUCGGACGCAGUCCAUUGGACCCCAGUCCGAGCUCAGGUCUGGUUCUCCAGGCCAACAGCCAGAGACGCGAGUCUUUCCUUUACCGCUCGGACUCAGAUUUCGACCUCUCGCCCAAGUCGAUGUCCAGAAACUCCUCGACGGCCAGCGAGCUUCAUGGGGAGGACAUGAUUGUAACGCCAUUUGCUCAGGUUCUUGCCAGUCUGCGAACAGUGAGGGGUAACGUUGCAGCUUUAACCCACGUGCAAGAUAGAAGCAACAAGUGAGUCUGUAGCCGAAACACUUUCAGACAGGCAGUGAAUGGAAGGAUUAAUAAGAGAAAGAUUUAUAACU